CAAAAACAGAAACACUUAGUCGUAUACCAUGAGGAUCGUGAUAACGUUUGAGCGAGAAAGGUUUGCUAUCAAUGUCUUAUCCACAGACACAGUGGCUGUAGUAAAACAAUUAAUUGAAAAAGAGAUUCAGAUUUUUGCUGAGCUAUGUUCACAUAACUGUCGAUCACAGCUUCAACUUUAUUUUGCAGACAAUCUGCUAAAGGAUGACACAUUGCUGCAUGAUUUGGGAGUCAUUUCUGGAUCUAUAAUUAGAUGUAAAUAUGUCGAAACGCCGGUAGCCGAUAUCUGUAUUGAUAUUCCUUUCCUUUCGAAAAGAAUUGAGUUAGAUUCUUUUGAUAAUACUGCAACAGUAAGUAAUUUGCGUACGAUUCUCCAAAAUAAUUUAGGUAUUCCUGUCGGAGUGUUUAAACUGUUGACAAGGGAAGGACUCGAACUGUAUGAUGUAAACACACUCGAAUACUACAAAUUAAAACGGGGCUCAGCAAUCACACUGGAAUUAUUCUUGGGAGUGGAGAAGGUUUUAUUACGUGCUAUUAAUGGUGAUAUAUUACAAACCAUGAGAUAUAUUUCUGAAUUUAAAGUUGAUCCAAAGAUGAAUCGAUUCCUGAUGCGAGUCGCUCUGUUCAUAUCCGCGCAUUAUGAUCAUGUCAAGUUGGCUUCGUUCCUUCUCCGCAAAGGAAUAAGAUCGGAAGAUCCCCCAGGUAUUCACCCAUCAAGAACAUGGUGUAGUGAAAUGUCACAUCCUGAUAUUCAAAAAUGUCCUGUCCACCAAGCAGCACAGCAAGGAAAUAUAAAUUGUUUAAAAUUAUUCCUUAGACAUAGUUCUACUUGCGCCAUUACAAGAGAUGGGUAUCAUAACACUGCUAUGACGUAUGCUGCAAGAAACUUAAAGUUUGAUUGUUGGAAACUUAUCUUAGUUGAGCAAUUUAAAAAGAACAAGCGACCGGGAUUUACACAUGCCUCACAAAUACAUUUGUUGAGAUGGUUAAGACAGGCUAGAGAUGCAACCCAUAAUCCUGCACCGAACGAUUUUUUGUUGUCUGUUGACGGUUACAACCCACAAUGCUUUAUGUUGAAUCGCAGAAGAUGUACUUUGAAAACCGCUGACACAAAUAAUAAUAAAUUACCGGUUCUGCAAAAUAGCACUUUCGACGGGGAAAAUGGUAACGGUUUAGCUCCAAAAGAUGUUAACGAUAAUUUAAUAAACGAGCCUCGUUCUUUAAUUUUGCCAGAUAUUUUUCAAAGCAGAAGGAAGAAUUCUAAAUCAUUCAAGACAAACUAUUUGGAGACAACCGUGUUCAAACAGACCGGAUUAAAUGUUCAUAAUUUAGCUAAAAAAUGUCUAGAAUUUGGUCAAAAGUUUGAAAAUAAACCAUGGAGACAUCAAUUAGAAAUUGCUUUAAGAAAAAGCAAGAGCGAUAUUUGUGGAAUGAAAUAUACCUAAGAACAUGUUGUCAUUAAUUUUUAUCUCGCUGGAUACAAGCAAAUAUACUAA